GUCCGAGUUCCCUCCACACUGAGGGGCGGAAGAGGUUGAGCCAUUGCAGCUGUGACUUUUGCUUCGGGAGUUAGAGGCGCUGCGCGACUGACACACCUUAAAGCAGAGAUGAGUGCUACCAAUCCUCCAGAAAGUGAUACGAAGGAAGAUACAUUCGAUUUUCUGCUGCCAGAUUUUCCCAAAGGUCCACUGGAUUUAUAUCGGAAAAGGACUUCCUUUAAUUGGAAGGAAUUGUCUCUGUUUUGGGAAGGAGAAGAAGUUAUCAGAGUGAAGAAAAAAAUAUUUAGAGCUCUAGAAAAUGAUCCACUUUUUGCUCAUCAGUCUGAAGAUCUCUCUGUGGAAAAAUAUCGAGAGCUGACUUUCCUUCGCUACAAAAGACUGUUUGAAUAUGACUUUUGCACCUUAGAAGAAGCGUCUCAAAACCCUCUGAGGUUUCUUGCAUUUGUUGAAUCUUUAAAUAUGUAUGACCUGUCACUCAUGGGCAUGAACACUCUAAGUAAUCACCUGUUUUUAGGUACCAUUGUUGGUGCGGGAUCUCAAAGACAUCAUCAAUGGGUACAAAAAAUAAGUGAUAUGGAGGUAUUUGGAUGCUUUGCAUUGACGGAGUUGAGCCAUGGCAGCAAUACCAAGGCCAUUAGAACAACAGCCAGAUAUGAUCCCGCCACUCAGGAAUUUAUCAUCAAUUCUCCUGACUUUGAAGCAGCCAAAUUCUGGGUUGGGAACAUGGGGAAAAAUGGCACGCACGCUGUAGUAUUUGCCCAGCUUUACACACCUGAUGGAGUUUGUCACGGACUUCAUGCUUUUAUUGUUCAGAUCAGAGACACCAAGACCCUGUUUUCAAUACCUGGAAUAAUAGUUGGAGAUAUUGGAAAGAAGAUAGGAUUCAAUGGUGUGGAUAAUGGAUUUAGUCUGUUCGACAAUGUUCGGAUUCCUCGGGAAAAUCUGCUCAACAGAAAUGGAGAUGUGACGCCGGAAGGAAAUUAUGUAACUUCGUCGAAGGACUCUGGUCAUCAGUUUGGAGGACUGUCCUUCGGUAGAGUGGGAGUAAUGGGAAUAGCUGUGACACAUCUUAAGCUCAGCCUGACAAUUGCUAUUCGCUACUCGGCAGUGCGUCGUCAAUUUGGGCCGACGGAUCAUGAAGAAGUACCCGUGCUUGAAUAUCAAGUGCAGCAAUGUCGUCUUAUUCCCUAUUUGGCAGCCACCUAUGCAUUGGACUUCUUUGCCAGGUCACUUUUCAUGACCUGCGUUGAAUAUCAAAUGAAACGUUUGAUGAAGUUAAAGAGUAAAAAUCAGGUCGAGGUUGGUAAAGAAAUACAUGCAUUGACCUGUGCAGCUAAAGCUCUCAGUUCAUGGACAGCUCAGCAUGGCAUUCAGGAGUGCCGCGAAGCUUGUGGAGGUCAUGGCUGCCUUGCCAUAAAUCGUCUUGGGGACGCUAGAAAUGACAAUGACCUCACCUGUACUGUUGAAGGUGACAAUAAUGUCUUGCUGCAGCAAACAAGUAACUACCUUCUUAAUUGGAUGAAAGAUAAACAACAAGAGAAUGUUGUCAUCGCAUCUCCUUCACAGUCUGUCGGCUUUCUGGAAGAUUUCGAUGUUAUUCUUGGCCAAAAAUUCACAUCAACUACGGCAGAGUGUCUGGAUUCUUCAGUUGCAUUGGCGGCAUACAAAUGGCUAGUCUGCUAUCUAUUACGUGAGAGCUGCAUAAAACUAGAUGAUGAAAGGAAUUCGGGGAAAUCAGACUUUGAGUGCAGUAACAACUGUCAGGUGUAUAAUUGUGUAUCACUGGCAAUAGCCUUCAUCGAGCACAGCGUGUUGCAAAAGUUCCAUGAUUUUGUUCAUAGUACCAGCACCCCAGUUCACUUACAGCCUGUGUUGAAACAGCUUGCUUCCUUGUAUGGUCUGUGGUCUCUUAACAAACACAUAGCUGUCCUAUACCAAGGGGGAUAUUUCUCGGGUGACAAGCCUGCAAAGAGUUUGCAGAAUUCUGUUCUAAACCUCUGUGCUCAGCUGAAGAAUGACUCGGUGGCAUUAGUAGAUGUCCUUGCCCCGCCUGACUUCAUUCUGAAUUCGCCAAUUGGAAAAGCAGAUGGAGAGAUUUAUAAGAACCUGUGGGCAGCAGUCCUUCAAGACAAGAAUGCACUUGAGAGACCACCGUGGUGGGCCGAAUUUUGUACCAAUAAGCCUUCUGUUGGAAGCUUGAAGUCCAAACUCUAAUAAAUCUUUCAUAGAAACAUGUAUCAAUAAACCAAAGUGUAAUGUGCCAUCAUGAUGAUUAUCAUUUUACAUGAUUAGUCUGUGAUUAAUUGAUUACAUUCACAGAAGAUUUACAUGAGUAGUGAAACAAAGAGUACAUUAUGCAAUAACUGCUCCAUAAGACCAUAAGAUAUAGGAGCAGACUUAGGACAUUUAGCCCAUUGAAUCUGCUCUACCAUUUCAUCAAGGCUGAUCCAAUUUCCUUCUCAGCCUUCUCCCCAUGAUCCUUCACUCCAUGACCAAUCAAGAAUCUAUCAUGGUCUGCCUUAAAUAUAUAUAUAAAGGCUUGAACUCCACAGCUGCCUACACCUCAGGGAAAAGACUGCAAGGCUUGGGAGUAUCAAUUUGUUAAUUUCUCAACCUUAACAUUAGUUGUAAACGAAAGAAAAUUCUAUUGUGAAGUGUUGUUGUUCAGGGGAGAUGUAAAUUAGUUCUUAGGUUAAUCUGGGUAUCGGGAUUCCUCAGCAAUGUGGUGGAAUGGGAAAAGGUUGACUUCACUGCAUUCAAAUUAGUAGCUGCACUUUUCUCAUUAAUGUUAACUGAGUGGAUUUGAAGUACGUUAGGAUCUCAAAUCUAGAGUAUUUUGGGAACUGGUGGAAAGUACGUGAACAGCAAUUGUUGUAAAGUACGGUAAUGCAAGUCUGUUCUUUUGCAUUUUCAAUCACCCUCAACGUUGCUAACAUUGCUAACAUGGAGAUCAAGAAUAAUGUCAUUUAAAGAUUAAAUCUAACUGCACUUUCCUAUUGUAAAGCAUUUUAUGUUUGUUUUUCUGUUUGAUUCUGGAUUUGUGGUUAACCUUUAUAAAGCUUGUACUUUGUGUGCUAACAGUACUACUGUAGCGGUGUGCUACACGCAGCGCUAAAAUAACGACACGGAGUCGGUAAACUGCAAUUAAGGAUGAUUUUAUUCGAACUUCACAGCCUUGCUUUAAAGCCUCCCUCAUCCCACCCUCCCCGGGCGCGGAUGCUCCAAGGGACACGUACUCACAAACCCCCGCAGGCUUUUCCCCUUUGUUGCGGACCUGGCCUUUGUGCCUGCACGCUGGCUAUUUGUGAGCCGGUUCGAGUGCUCUAGGAAGUGGGUCGCCACACUAACAUGGGGACGAAUAUUCUUGUGAGCAGAUUUACUGGAGCUGCUGGGAGUGGUUUAAACUAAUAUGGCAGGGGAUGGGAACCAGUAUGAUAGAGGUGAGAAUGAGCCAGCAGGUUUACAAGUGGGUGCAACAUGAAUGUAAGGAAGGACAAGCCAAUGAUUGGAUAAAAACACAAUCAGAGCAAAGAGUUAAAUUGUACUACAGAGGCAAAUUUAAAAGGGGCGAAGAAUGUAGGACUGAAGGUGCUGUAUUUAAAUGCCUGUAGCAUUCUGUAUAAGGUGGAAUAACUCAUGGUGUAAUUGGAGUUUGAUUGUUAUAAUGUUAUGGACAUCACUGAGUUGUGGCUGAAAGAAGGCCAUAGUUGGGAGCUAAAUAUCAAAGGAUACACUUUGUAUCAAAAGGACUGGCAGGAAGGCAUAGUCAGUGGUGUGUCUCUGUUGGUAAGAGAUAGAAUUACAUCUUUAGAAAGAAGUGACACGGUCAGAGAAUAAUGAAUCUUUGUGGGAGGAGUUAAAAAACUUCAAUGGUGAAAAAAAAAGUGGGAAUUAUAUAUAGCCCUCCAAAUAGUACCAAGUUGGGGGGUUAAGAUUGCAAAAGGAGCUGGAAAAGGUAGGUAACAAAGGUAAAGACACAAUUGUAACGGGGAACUUCUAUAUGCAAGGGACUUGGGAAAAUCAGGUUAAUGUCAGAUCGCAGGAGAGGGUGUUUGUUGAAAGAUGCCUUUUUAGAGCAGCUUGAGCUUGAGCCUACUCAGGGGAAAGGCUAUUCUUUGAUUGGGAUUUGUGUAUUGGGGAGCUUAAUGUAAAGAAACUGUUGUAACAUGAGUAUUAUUAAAUGUAAGUUAAUACUAAUCGGGAAGCUGUUGGUAGCAGGAGGUGGGAUCCGGGGUUGGCGGGGUCUUUACUUCCGCUCUUUUUACUCCCAGUAUGCAUUGUAUACAGUUCCACCACCCAGGCCGCACGAGGUACCUGGAAGCCUCUGUUGUAAAUAUCAUUUGCCGUCCCAGAUAAAGAUGCUCUUUUGGCCAUCAAGUUGUCGAGUGGUCUUUUUGUAAAGUAGAAGCUACCACAGAAACCCUGAGGAGGCAGUGAUCAUAAUAGGAUUGAAUUCACACUGCAGAUUGAGAGGGAGAAGCGUAAGUCACAUCUAUCAGUAUCACAAUGGAAUAGAGGGAAUUCCAGAGACAUGAGAGAGGAGCUUGCAUAGGUGGAUUGGAGGAGGAUACUGGUAGAGCAGAAAUGACUGAAGUUUCCGGGAAUAGUUCACAAGGCGCAGGAUAGAUAUGUCACACAGAAUACAAAGCUCUCAAAUGGCAGGGCUAGCAAACUGUGGCCGACAAGGGAAUUAAGGACUGCAUAAAAGCCAAGGAAAGGACAAAUGAAGUAGCAAACUUCAUUGAGUGGGAAGCUUUUAAAAUCCAACAAAGGGCAACUAAAAAGGCUGUAAGAAUGGAAAAUAUGAAAUAUGAGGGCAAACCAACCAAUAAUAUUACACAGGAUACCUAAAGUUUAUUCAGUUAUAUAAAGAGUAAAAGGGAGGUGAGAGUUGAUAUUGGACCACUGGAAAAUGAUGCUGGUGAGGUAGAAAUGGGUGAAAGGAAAUGACAGAUAAACUUACUAAGUACUUUGCAUCUGUCUUCACUGUGGAAGACACUAGCAGUGUGCCAGAGGUCUGUGAGUGUCAGGGAGCAGGAGUGAGUGCCACUGCUAUUACAAAGGAAAAAGUGCCAAGCAAACUCAAAACUCCUAAGGUGGAUGUCACCUGGACCAGAUGGACUACAUCCCAGAGUCCUGAGAGGUUCCUGAAGAGAUGACAGAUAUAUUGGUCAUGAUCUUUCAACAUUCUCUUGAUUCUGGCAUGGUUCCGGAGGACUAGAAGAUUGCAAAUGUCAUUCCACUCUUAAGAAGCAAGGAAGGCAAAAGAAGGGAAAUUAUACACCAGUUAGCCUAACCUCAGUGGUUGGGAAAGUGUUGGAGUCUAUCAUUAAGGAUGAGGUUUUGGGGUACUUGGAGACUAAUGAUAAAAUAAGUCAAAAUCAGCGCGAUUUCUGUGAAGGGAAAUCUUGCCUGACAAAUCUGUUGGAGUUCUCCGAGGAAAUAACAAGCAAGGUGAACAAAGCUGAGGCAGUGGAUGUCAUUUACUUGGAUUUUCAGAAGGCAUUUGAUAAGGUGCCUCACAUGAGGCUGCUUAACAAGAUAAAAUCCUGUGGUGUUACAGGAAAGAUACUGGCAUGGACAGAGGAAUGGCUGGCAGGCCAGGAGGCAGUGAGUGGGAGUAAAGGGGGCUGUUUCUGGUUGACUGCCGGUGACUAGUGGUGUUCCUCAGGGGUCAUUAUUGGGACCGCUAUGUUUUACAUUGUUUGUCAAUGAUUUGGAUAAUGGAAUUCAGAUUCAGAUUCAGUUUAUUGUCAUUUAGAAACCACAAAUGCAAUGCAGUUAAAAAAUGAGACAAUUGAUGUAUUUGUGGCAAAGUUUGUGGAUGAUACAAAGAUAGGUGGAGGAGUAGGUAGUACUGAGGAAUUAAUGUGCAGCACGACAGAUAAAUUGGAAGAAUGGGCAAAAAAAGUGGCAGAUGGAAUACAGUGAUGGGAAAUGUAUGAUAAUGCAUUUUGGCAAAAGGAACAAUAGUGCAGACUAUUAUCUAAAUGGGGAGAAGGUUGAAACAUCAGAUGUACAAAGAUACUUAGGAGUCCUCAUGCAAGACUCCCAGAAGGUUAAUUCACAGGCUGAGUCUGUGAUAAAGAAAGCAAAUGCAAUGUUGGCAUUUAUUUCAGGGGAAUAGAAUAGAAAAGCAAGGAGAUAAUACUGAGGCUUUAUAAGACACUAGUCAGGCUGCACUUGGAGUAUUGUCGACAGUUUUGGGCCCCAUAUCUCAGAAAGGAUGUGUUGUCACUGGAGAGAGUCCAGAGGUGGUUCAGGAGGAUGAUUCCAGGAAUAAAGGGGUUAACAUAUGAGGAAUGUUUGGCAGCUUUGGGUCUGUACUCACUGGAAUUUAGAAGAAUGCAGAGGGAUCUCAUUGAAAUCUCCCGCAUAUUGAAAGGGCUAGAUAUGAUGGUGGAUGUGGAAAGGAUGUUUCCUAUGGUGGGGGUAUCCAAAACUAGAGGGCACAGCCUCAAAAUUGAGAGGCAACCUUUUAGAAUAGAGGUAAGGUGGGAUUUUUUUUUAGCUCAAGAGUAGUGAAUCUUUGGAAUGCUCUGCCAUGGACUGAGGUGGAGGCCAAGUCCAUGGGUAUAUCUAAUGCAAAAGACGAUCGUUUCCUGCUCAGUCAGGGUAUCAAAGGAUAUGGGGAGAAGGCAGGUGUAUGAGGUUCAGUGGGAUCCAGGAUCAGCCAUGAUGGAAUGGCGGUGCUGACUUGAUGGACUGAAUGGCCUAGUGCUGCUCAAUGUCUUAUGGUUUUCUGGUCUUAACACUUUCUGGGAGUAACAAACAAAGGGGAAAUUAUUAUUUUGUUAAAGCAAUAGUGUGCUAAUCUGUUAUAUAUGAUCAUUGUUGGUUUAAUAUGCUUAUUAAAGAAUAUAUUUCUAUUAAACUAGUUGGAAACUAAAUGAUUGUUAUAUGAUCUAUACGGUUGUUACAAAAUUCAAAAUAAAGUCUCUCAUAUCAAGUCAA